UCUCCUCACCUCCAUUUAGGUCCUUGAAAAGCACAGCAGAAUCAGCUAAAGCAAAAGAAACCCCAGAACAAAACAAGAAGCAAGGAUGCCACAACAGCGACUGACACAAAUCCCUGCUGCUACUUGCCCACAUUAUAAUAUGCAGCAGCCACAUUGCUGCAUCCAUCGUUCAGCUGCAACAACACCACUACCACCUCCCCCAUAAGCAGAAGCAACUCGUAGAGCCACAGCAGCAGCAGCAGCAGCAGCAGCAAGUGUAAGUGCAGGAGAGUGAGAGCAAGAAGAAGAAGAAGAAGAAGAAGAAGAGAGUGAGAAAACCAAGAAGGCCACCGGUUGCUGCUAUGAGACGGCCGGCCGGGUCAUCAUCGGCGGCGGCGUUGGCAAUGGCCAUCUUGUUGGGGGUUCUUGUGUUGAUGGCACUGGUCAUGGACGGCGGCGAGAAGACCGGUGCGCCGGCGAUCGCCGCCGGGAGGAGGAUGCUGGUCGGAGCAGCAGACGCAGGGCAGAUGAGGACUCUGGAGGAUUUCAAGGCCGAUGAUCCUUUCCAGGACAGCAAGAGGAGGGUGCCUAAUGGCCCUGAUCCUAUUCACAACAGGGGAACCGGCAAGUCAGGAAGAUCUCCGGGCCGAGCGUAGCGGCACGCAUCCCGAGGCAUGGAAGGUUCCGAUUCAAGGAAGGCAGGCAUAUCUGUGGAGCAAAGAGAUGGUUGCAUUGCAAGGAGGAACAAAACAAGAACAACAUUAUGAUGGGGUCUGGCUGUGGAUGUUGGUGUAACUAGGGGGAGGUGGCCUAUAUCUUCUGUAAGCACUGCUAUUUAAGACAGUUUUAAGCAUAAAAACUUUAGCUUUUUGCAAACAAAGGCUGUUCUAGUGGUGGGGAAGGUUUUUUUGUAAAGAGAGCAGUGAGUAUUAAGCUUCCCUCUCACAACAAAACAAGCAUCAAAGAUUCUUGGCAAAGGGAUGUGGGCAAGAGCUCCCUUCUUUUUUGGCA